AUGUCAUCAAACUCUUAUGUAUAUAAUACAUUAUACAAUACCUGCAAACAUCACAUAUAUAACAAAUACAUCACAUAUAUCAAAUACAUUACAGAUAACAAAUACAUUACAGAUAACAAAUACAUUACAGAUAACAAAUACAUUACAGAUAACAAAUACAUCACAGAUAACAAAUACAUUACAGAUAACAAAUACAUCACAGAUAACAAAGACACAGAUAACAAAUACAACACAGAUAACAAAUACAUCACAGAUAACAAAUACAUCACAGAUAACAAAUACAUCACAGAUAAGAAAGACGUCACAGAUAACAAAUACAUCGCAGAUAACAAAUACAUCACAGAUAACAAAUACAUCACAGAUAACAAGUACAUCACAGAUAACAAAUACAUCACAGAUAACAAAUACAUCACAGAUAAAAAAGACGUCACAGAUAACAAAUACAACACAGAUAACAAAUACAUCACAGAUAACAAAACAUCACAGAUAACAAAGACACAGAUAACAAACACAUCACAGAUAACAACAACACAGAUAACAAAUACAUCACAGAUAACAACAACACAGAUAACAAAUACAUCACAGAUAACAAAUACAUCACAGAUAACAAAUACAUCACAGAUAACAAAUACGUCACAGAUAACAAAGACAUCACAGAUAACAAAUACAUCACAGAUAACAAAUACAUCACAGAUAACAAAUACGUCACAGAUAACAAAUACGUCACAAAUAACAACAACACAGAUAACAACAACACAGAUAACAAAUACAUCACAGAUAACAAAUACAUCACAGAUAACAUCACAGAUAACAAAAACAUCACAGAUAACAAAUACAUCACAGAUAACAAAUACAUUACAGAUAACAAAUACAUUACAGAUAACAAAUACAUUACAGAUAACAAAUACAUUACAGAUAACAAAUACAUUACAGAUAACAAAUACAUCACAGAUAACAAAUACAAAAUACAUUACAGAUAACAAAUACAUCACAGAUAACAAAUACAUUACAGAUAACAAAUACAUCACAGAUAACAAAGACACAGAUAACAAAUACAACACAGAUAACAAAUACAUCACAGAUAACAAAUACAUCACAGAUAACAAAUACAUCACAGAUAAGAAAGACGUCACAGAUAACAAAUACAUCGCAGAUAACAAAUACAUCACAGAUAACAAAUACAUCACAGAUAACAAGUACAUCACAGAUAACAAAUACAUCACAGAUAACAAAUACAUCACAGAUAAAAAAGACGUCACAGAUAACAAAUACAACACAGAUAACAAAUACAUCACAGAUAACAAAACAUCACAGAUAACAAAGACACAGAUAACAAACACAUCACAGAUAACAACAACACAGAUAACAAAUACAUCACAGAUAACAACAACACAGAUAACAAAUACAUCACAGAUAACAAAUACAUCACAGAUAACAAAUACAUCACAGAUAACAAAUACAUCACAGAUAACAAAUACGUCACAGAUAACAAAGACAUCACAGAUAACAAAUACAUCACAGAUAACAAAUACAUCACAGAUAACAAAUACGUCACAGAUAACAAAUACGUCACAAAUAACAACAACACAGAUAACAAAUACAUCACAAAUACAUCACAGAUAA